AUGGACGAUCCUUUUGUUACUUGUCCUUACAAUAGCUCACAUCGCGUGCCUCGAUCUCGAAUUCAAUCUCAUUUGGUUCGGUGUAAGGAAAAAAAUCCCAAUUUUGUUAUUUGCCCUUAUAACGCUACGCAUAGGUUACCAGAAAGUGAAAUUAAAGGUCAUGUAGUGAACUGUCCGUCGAAAGACGCGAUUUUCCCAAAUGAAACAACUGUUCAAAUUAAGCCGGACGAAGUUAAACUGAAGCGGCCGCCAAUGGACGAAGAAGAUAUGUGGGAUGAU